AUGACAAGAACUAACAAUAUGUUGAUAUCAUUACAAGAGGUCGUACUUACUAUCAUCAUUUGUUUGCUAUUACCUCUUUCUUUCAUUAUGAGGGCUCCAUGGGUCAAUGCAUUGUUGUUAAACUUGUUUAUGAUCCCUAGAGAAAGAGUUUAUGUCAUCCUUGCGGUUCCAUGGGGUUUUUUGGUAAAGGGAGUAUUGGACUUUUCAAAAUUAUAUGAGAUCGGUGAUGUGACAGUAGUCGCAGUACAACCAAAAACAAUUAACAAGGAAAAUGUAACCAGCUCCCAAAAAUCCAAAGAAACUGAGAACAAUCUAGAAGAGCCAGAGACAGCCGACAAAGAGAGCUUAGUGGAGGAUGAGCACAUGAACAUUAAGAUUGCGUUCAAACGUGCGAUUGACAAGCCUAAUGAUACUGAACCAAACGAAGCUAUUAAACAAAUGACCCGUGACGAGAACACAACAAAGACAGUUCCGUUGUCGUCGAAGAUUGACGACAUACUACCGUACAGUGGAGCUGACCUAGAACAAAGAUUAGCUAAACUGAAGGAGUCUCGAGUUGUUGACGAGUUGGUGAACGAAUACCUGGGUGUGUACGAAGAUGAACUGGUUGAGUACAAUUUUGAUAAUAUUCGGGAGAACAAGAGUAAAGAGGUUUUGUUUGAGGACCUGAAAGAAAUCUUUGAUGAAGACGCAAUCAAAAUUGUUGAUACCAUUUGCAAGAGAGAAGAAUUCCACUAG